AUGAAGGAGAAGCAGUUUUCCUGUCCUGAGUGCGGGAAAUGUUUUCCAAAUAAAUCAAAGCUUGUCAAACAUCAGAGAUCUCAUACGGGGGAGAAGCCGUUUUCCUGUUCUGAGUGCGGGAAAUCUUUUCUACAUAAAUAUGAACUUGUCAAACAUCAGAGGUCUCACACGGGGGAGAAGCCAUUUUCCUGUCCUGAGUGUGGAAAAUGUUUUUCAGAUAAGUCCAAUUUUUAUCAUCAUUGGAGACUGCACACAGGUGAGAAACUUUAUUCCUGUAAUGAGUGCGGGAAAUGUUUUUCACAGAAGUCCAAUUUUCAUAAUCAUCGGAGAUUGCACACAGGUGAGAGGCCGUAUUCCUGUACUGAGUGUGGGAAAUGUUUUGCACAAAAAUCAGUACUUGUCUCACAUCAAAAGUCUCACACGGAGGAAAAGCCGUAUUCCUGUCCUGAGUGCGGGAAAUGUUUUUCACAGAAGUCCAAUCUUUACAGACAUCAGAGAUCUCACAUGGGGGAAAAGCCCUAUUCCUGCCCUGAGUGCGGAAAAUGUUUUUCAGAAAUGUCCUAUCUUAUUAAUCAUCAGAGAUUACACACAGGUGAGAAUCUGUAUUCCUGUUCUGAGUGCGGGAAAUGUUUUAUACGAAAAGCAGAACUUAUCAUACAUCAAAGGUCUCACACAAAGGAAAAACCAUAUUCCUGUCCUGAGUGCGGGAAAUGUUUUUCACAGAUAUCCCAUGUUUACAGACAUCAGAGAUCUCACACGGGGGAAAAGCCGUAUUCCUGUUCUGAGUGCAAAAAAUGUUUUUCAGAAAUGUGCCAUCUUCUCAAUCAUCAGAGAUUGCACACGGGAGAGAAGCCAUAUUCUUGUCCUGAGUGCGGGAAAUGUUUUUCUCUUAAGUCCAAUCUUCACAAACAUCAGAUUACUCACACGGGGGAAAAGCCAUAUUCCUGUCCUGAGUGUAGGAAAGGUUUUGUACAUAAAUCACAACUUUUCACCCAUCGGAGAUCUCACACGGGGGAGAAGCCGUAUACCUGUACUGAGUGCGGGAAAUGUUUUUCACAAAAGAACAAUCUUAGAACACAUCAGCGCCUGCACACGGGGGAGAAGCCGUAUUCCUGUCCCGAGUGCGGGAAAUGUUUUUCAGACAAGUCUGUUCUUAACAAACAUCAGAGAUUGCACACAGAUGAGAAGCCGUAUUCCUGUUCUGUUUGUGAAAAAGAUUUUAAACAAAAAUCAGAUCUUGUCACACAUCAGCGAUCUCACACGGGGGAAAAGCCAUAUUCCUGCCCUGAGUGCGGGAAAUGUUUUGCACAGAAGUCUCAUCUUUACACACAUCAGAGAUUGCACACGGGGGAAAAGCCGUAUUCCUGUCUUAUGUGCGGGAAAUGCUUUUCAGACAAGUCUCAUUUUAACAAACAUCAGAGAGUACACACAAAUGAGAAGCCAUAUCUCUGUUCUGAGUGCGGGAAAAGUUUUAAACAAAAAUCAGAACUUGUCACACAUCAGAGGUACCACACAGGGGAGAAACCGUAUUCCUGUUCUGAUUGUGGGAAACGUUUUAAACAAAGAUCAGAACUUGUCUCACACCAAAGGACUCACACGGGAGAGAAGCCGUAUUCCUGUCUUGAGUGCGGGAAAUGUUUUUCACGGAAAACAAAUCUUAACACACAUCAGAGAUUGCACACGGGGGAGAAGCCGUAUUCCUGUCCUGAGUGCGGGAAAUGUUUUUCACAGACGUCCCAUCUUUACGGACAUCAGAGAAUUCACACGGGGGAAAAGCCUUAUUCAUGUUCUGAGUGUGGGAAAUGUUUUUCAAAGACAUCGUAUCUUCUUGAUCAUCAGAGAUUACACACAGGUGAGAAGCCGUAUUCCUGUUCUGAGUGCAGGAAAUGUUUUAGACGAAAAUCAGAACUUGUCGUACAUCAAAGGUCUCACACAAAUGUAAAGCCAUAUUCUUGUCUGGAGUGCGGGAAAUGUUUUUCACGGAUAUCCCAUCUUUACAGACAUCAGAAAUCUCACACAGGGGAAAAGCCGUAUUCCUGUCCUGAGUGCGGAAAAUGUUUUUCAGAUAUAUCCAAUUUUCAUAGUCAUCAGAGAUUACACACAGGUGAGAAGCCGUAUUCCUGUUCUGAUUGCAGUAAAUGCUUUGUACGAAAAUCAGAACUUGUCCUACAUCAAAGGACUCAUACAAAGGUAAAGCCGUAUUCCUGUCCUGAGUGCUGGAAAUGUUUUACACAAAGAUCCACACUUGUCACACAUAAGAGAUUGCACACGGGGGAGAAGCCGUAUUCCUGUCCUGAGUGCGGGAAAUGUUUUUCACAGAAGUCCUAUCUUUACAAACAUCAGAAAUCACACACAGGGGAGAAGCCGUAUUCCUGUCCUGAGUGCGGGAAAUUUUUUUUACAGAAGUCUGAUCUUUACAGACACCAGAGAUCUCACACGAGGAAGAAGCCGCCUUCCUGUCCUGAGUGCGGGAAGAGUUUCUAUUCUAAAUCCAGUCUUAAUUUGCAUAAAAGAUCUCACACGGGGGAGAAGCCGUAUUCCUGUCCUGAGUGCGGGAAAUGUUUUCCACAGAAGUCCCAUCUUUACAGACAUCAGAGAUUACACACAGGUGAGAAGCCAUAUUCCUGUUCUGAGUGCGGGAAAUGUUUUGUACGAAAAUCAGAACUUGUCGUACAUCAAAGGUCUCACACGAAGGUAAAGCCAUAUUCUUGUCUGGAAUGUGGGAAAUGUUUUUCACGGAUAUCCCAUCUUUACAGACAUCAGAAAUCUCACACAGGGGGAAAAGCCAUAUUCCUGUCCUGA